ACGAGGACAAAAAGUAGCACAGUAAUCGGGCUGUAAUUGCGUGCAAUCAAAAGGCUUACGCGUGAUGAAUUCAAAAAUCGUUACAGGACGGAACAGGGAGGGAUGCUUUCCCUCAGCCGACCCCCGCCAUCCCGGGGCGGGGCGGGGGGCGGGCGGUGGUUGGUGUCCAAGGAAACCGAGCGCACGCCGCGCCCGCCUCCUUCCCGCCGGGCCGCCGCCGCCAUGAUGAUGCUGGGCCGCGGGCUGGACGCCAGGGACAAUCAAACUAGACAAAUACAAGAUGCUGUUUCAAAUGUGGAAAAACAUUUUGGUGAAUUGUGCCAAAUAUUUGCUGGAUAUGUACGUAAAACUGCCAGACUACGAGACAAAGCAGAUCUUCUAGUAAAUGAAAUAUAUGCAUAUGCAGCCACAGAGACACCAAACUUAAAAGUUGGACUGAAAAACUUUGCAGAUGAAUUUUCCAGACUUCAGGAUUAUCGCCAGGCAGAGGUUGACAGGCUUGAAGCCAAAGUUGUUGAACCUCUGAAAAGUUAUGGGACUAUAGUGAAACUGAAAAGGGACGAUCUUAAAGCAACUUUAACAGCAAAGAAUCGAGAAGCCAAGCAAUUAUCUCAGCUGGAAAAGACACGUCAGCGGAAUCCAUCAGAUCGACACAUUAUUUCACAGGCUGAAAGUGAAUUGCAAAGAGCUUCAUUGGAUGCAACACGAACAACCCGGCAGUUAGAGGAAACCAUUGAUAAUUUUGAGAAGCAGAAAAUAAAGGACAUAAAAAACAUAUUUUCUGAAUUUAUAACUAUUGAAAUGUUAUUCCAUGGGAAAGCUUUAGAGAUUUAUACUGCUGCCUACCAAAAUAUCCAAAAUAUUGAUGAAAACGAAGAUUUAGAGGUUUUUCGGAGUUCACUUUAUCCACCAGACUAUCAGUCUCGCUUAGACAUAGUUCGUGCAAAUUCAAAGUCCCCCCUGCAAACAACUGGCUCCUUAAAAUCUUCACUGAAGACAGUACAGAUUUCUAGCAGUACAAGGAAAAAUGAAGAGGAAGAAGAGGAGGAGGAAGAUGAAGAAGAAGAGGAAGAAAUAUAGAUGCUAAGAAUGAAGAGACAUAACUAAACCAUUAUGUCUGAGUGUCUUAAUUGACUGGCAAAUAGAAAAGACAUCUUUUUACAUAAAGGUAUUUAUGUAUUAGUCAAGAA